UCUGCUCCCCUCUUCGCCUCUGUGGUCAGCAGGGCUUGCCUGACCCCCGAGGAAUGAGCUCCUGUGGCUUAACUCUGGCACCUCCAGCCAAGACCGUGGUGGUGUACCGCAACGGUGACCCCUUCUUCCCCGGGAGGAAGUUUGUAGUGAACCAGAGGCGGUUCCCGACCUUUGAGGCGUUUCUGAAUGAGGUGACCGAGAGCAUUGGGGCGCCCUUGGCUGUGAGGAACCUCUACACACCCAAGCACGGCCACCGCGUCGCUGCGCUGGGGGACCUGCAGGAGGGGUGCCAGUACGUGGCUGCGGGCUUUGAAAAGUUCAGAAAGCUCAACUAUUUAAAUCGUGGAAAGAAGGAAAUCCGUGGGACAAGGAACAGCGAGGGUCUGCAGGUGGGCAGCAGCGGGAAGCCUGAAGGCAGGGCAGGCAGUGCCCGAUGGAGGAGAGGGAACAGCCCGGGGUGGCUCUGUGCCAGGGCUGUCGCUGUUCUCCUGCACCGAACUCGGUCUCUAGUUCCCCACCGUAGCUCCCUGGCAGUCGAACAACUUGGCGCGAUGGCAGAAGCACCCCCGCCUGCCCCGCACGAUACAGUAAGUGUUUUCUCCCUGGAGGGUCUCUGGGAGUGGGUUUGGAGGCUGGAAUUUCUCUGUAAGAUCCUGGGAACGCUGCCUCACAGGGACAAUUCCCAGCUUCUACCAGAAAUACUUGUAAAUAUGGCCAGUGGGUGGCUUUUUUUCCCCACCUGCUGCAGGAAUACUGUCUCACCGCGUGCUCUGGGUUGUUUCCACCGCAGUGUUUUCCGGAACGGGGACUUGCUGAGCCCUCCUUUCCCACUGUCUCUCUCCACGAGCACCCCGCUGCAGUGGGACACGCUCCUGGCCACGCUGACAGGGAAAGCCAACCUGCGCAGCGGAGCCGUUAGCAAGCUCUGCAGGCUGGAUGGAACCCAGGUGUCCAGCGAGGAGGAGCUGGUGAAUGGCGAUUACUAUGUGGCAGUGGGAAAUGAGGAGUACAAAAAACUGCCUUACUUGGAGCUGCUGGUGCCCCAGGAUUCUGUGGGCAGGACGCUGUGGAACCACCCAAAUAGCAGGCGUAAAAAAUACCACAGAAGGUUUGGUGAACUCUGUGCCACCUCUCAGAUCAGUGCUGGUGACUCUGCUCUUGCUGAACCACCCCAACAGCUGGACAGUCACAGGGUGCAGACCACAGGAGCUGCAGAGAAAGACGCGAUCCCAGCUGCUCUUCCACGCCUGCAAAGGCAAGGGGGGAAAUCUCACCUCAAAGAGUUCAUUUUCCACGCUAAACCCGUCCGUGCAGGACGGAACAGAAGGAGCAGCAGGAACGUGCAGCACUGGCCUGAUCAAGAAGAAAGUGUCUAUAAAACCAGGGAUCCUAGGAAGGAGAUGCGAGGUGCCCAGGAAGUUAAAGACGAUGAACACACAAGGGCGGAUGUACCCACUGAUCAGGCACGAACCUCAGAAAAAUCACCAAAGGCUGGGGGAAGGAAAAGGGAUGCCAGCGACUCUGAGGAUGGAAAGCACCCAAUGAUGUUGCCCUUGGCAGCAAAAAGCUCUGAAGAGCUCACCAAGGGACUGCGAUGGGAGAAGAGGGACGACUAGGUACGUGGCUGUCCGUGCAGC